AGUGGCAGGACAGUACCUUUGGCCACUCCAAUUCACGUCAGUAAUGAUCCGUACGUGGCUUUACUAACUUUGGUGCCAAACUUUAGAAAAAAGCAAGCUGAUGUUACCACUGCAAUCUUAAUAUCCAAUUGUUAUAAGUCGAGAAUGAAACAGUUGGACGAAAUUCAGAAUUUCUUGGCCAUCGACGUGUAUGGGAAAUGCGGGACGAUAUUUAAACAUUCAUGUCCCGGUCACUUUAAACAAGAUUGUCCUUCUAUAGACAAGUACUAUUUUUAUCUAGCAUUCGAGAAUGCAUCUUGCAGGCAAUAUUUAACGGAAAAAGUGUUCUUUAAUGCCUAUGAAAAAGGUGCUAUUCCCAUUAUAAUAGGACCCUCUAUAGAAGACUGCGAGAAACUUCUGCCUCCAAAUUCUUUUAUUCACUUUGACAAAUUUGAAAGUUCUAAAGUGUUUGCAGACACAAUAGAUGAAAUAGCAUCUAGUUACGAGAAGUUACUACAUUAUCAUGCAUGGAGACAACACUUUGCAGUUGUCAACGAGCAUGGCUAUUUUGGAACCAAGUCAUAUCACUAUUGCAGAAUAUGUGAAGCACUUAACUAUAAUGAUGGGGAACGGUUUGUUUACGACAAGAAUGAAUUGGCAUUGUUUUUUGAUGCUCGUCUACUAUGUAACAAUUCAUCAUAACAAGAAACAGGAAUCGAGUUCUUAGGUUUUUGCGAUAAUUACACAUUGGAAAUGAAUGUAUUUUUUCGGAUCUAAAUCGUUUAGGUAUAUUUGUUUUUUCAAACAAGCCAACGUUUCGGGCCGUGUUUCAUGGUCACAGCUGACUCAAUAAUUUUUUAUCCUAAAGAAAAAUAAUAGUAAAUAUAGAAGUACCUAAUAAAGAAAGAUGUUAGUCAAUGUCGAUAUGUAUUGAAAAUAUAAUAAUUUAUUAAAUUUUAAUAUGUACCAUAAAAUACCUGACCCCUACCCGUCUAUUUGGUUUUGAGGAGAUGAUUGCGAACUAAAGUGUUAAACAAACUUCACCGUUGACCAGUGAGCCGUAAAAUACAUUUUGUUAUGACUUCUUUAUUGCAUCACUAGUCAACGAUGUUUUCAAAAACUUUCUAAGUCAUGUUGAUCUUUAAUUACAUUACAUAAAUACAAAUUACAACCAAAAACCUUUACACUUUUCUGUUGAAUGUGUAAGAAGGCUCUCACAACUAAAAGGUCGGCUAGGGGGUCGGCAUCUUAAGACAUCGACUUUAUCUACUUGCGCACUGUCAAAUACAGUAAUAUAUAUAUAUUUUAUAGAUAUACGUAUAUGAAUGUCACAAUUUUCAUUAUCCAAUAAAAGAAG